AUGGGAAAUGCGCCUUCAAAGAAGAAAGAAAGAAAGCUAUUAGUAGAAAAAUUGCAUCAUAAGCAACCAUUUUAUAAUGAAGAUGAUAUAAUUUGUAUUCAUGAUUCAUGGAUAGCACCACCACUACCAUCAUCGUCGUCAGCUUCAUCAUCAUCAAUUUCAUCAUCGCCUAAGACUAUCUUUAAUAAACCUAUUCAUAACCUAUUUUCUCGAAACUUACUAAAAAAAUCAUCUCAAAGGAAAUCAGCUUCUUCUGUAAUAAACACAUCCUAUAUAGACACAGUUACUCAUUCAACAAUAUCUACAUUUGCAAAUGAGGACGAUGUUAAUAAUACCUUUUAUGAGAGUCCUAUGGUGAAAACCGUGACUCGACUGUCUGCUCAAUACGAUCAAAAGAAGACAACUUCUCAAUUUGAACUACUAUUAUCCUCUUCUUGUGCACCCUGCAUCGUUUCACAACCUUUAAGGAGAAUGACAUAUCUUCACAGUAGUAGCAGUAGUAAUAGUAAUAGUAAUAAUAAUAGUAGCAGUAACAGUAACAAUUAUAAUAAUAAUAGUAGUAGUAGUAGUAGUGGUAGAAGUAAUAGUAGCAGUAGUAUCAGUAGUAGAAGUAAUAGUAGUAGUAGUAUCAGUAGUAGUAACAACAACAUGACAGUUACAAAAAAUUCAAUGUUAUAUCAUAGUAAUAAUCAUUCAUUAACUUCUGUCAGUACUAUAACAGCAACAGACGAUAAUGAUGACAAUGACAGUGUCGUUAGUAUAAAAAAAAAGAAUCAAAGAAAACCGGUGACGGGCCAAGAAAUGAGACUGGAAUUAUUUUUGAAUCCAAAUGCUGAGGAACUUCGAAGGAUAGAAAAGGAUAGACAGCAAAGACUACAUUAUGUAUUAAAAUAUAUCAGCAAAGGUAAAAUUCAUCAAGCAAAACUAGAAUCACCUUCAGUGAUUGUCAAUUGGUGCUGUGGUAUAGGCACAUGGUGUAUGGAAAUGGCUACCAUGUUUCCAAAUACAAGAAUUAUUGGUGUUGAUUAUAAGGAAGUCAUUACAUCUUUCAAUAUGCAACAUUCUUUACCCAAUUUAAAAUUCAAAUACAUUGCCGCUCAUGAUAAACUAACUGGCUUAGAGUCCUUUGAAGAUAAUUCUGUAGAUUUCGUUAUGAUGAGAGAUGUUUGGCUGAUAAAUAUACCUAUUUUAAAAUGGGAAUAUGUUUUAAAACAAGUGUAUCGGAUAUUAAAACCAGGCGGCUGGAUAGAACUUCAAGAGCACACAACUCAGAUUGGCACUAUGGGUCCUUGUGGUGCAAAACUAUUUCAAUGGUACACUCGCUUCUUUACUGAAACCCAAAUAGAUAGAACGAUCGCUAGAAAGUUAGGUGACUUUUUAGGAUAUGCGGGCUUUUCAAACAUAGAUCAGCAAACAACGAUUAGCCCGGUAGGCGAGUGGUGUACGACACUAGAGUUAAAAGAAUCAGGAUUUCUGUUUAAAGACAUUUUGGAGAGACAUUUACGAGUUUUAUCAAGAUGGGUUGCUCAAGUAUGUGAUGUUGACGAAGGGUUAAUAAAUCAAUUAUUAACAAAAGUCGUAGAAGAUGAAGCAGAUGAACAUAAUACAUCUGUUGAUUGGAUAUUUUACACAGCAAGGAAACCAGCGAAAAAUAGAUAG